UGUGCACCGUUCUUCGGUUUUCCCCCUCCCCCGCUGCCAUGGAGAGCCCGGCGGUCACGUUUACGUUAGCUUACGUGGUGUUCGCCGUGUGUUUCGUGUUCACUCCUAAUGAGUUCCACUCGGCCGGGAUCACCGUGCAGAACCUGCUGUCCGGCUGGCUGGGGAGCGAGGACGUGGCCUUCAUCCACUACCAUGUCCGGAGGAGCACGGCCACCCUGCUGGUGCACUCCCUGCUGCCACUGGGUUACUACAUAGGAAUGUGCUUCGCUGCUCCGGAGAAACAGCUGUAUUACGUCUACGCUGCCAGUGAUGGCUGGAGGUUCUGUGCCCUGGUUGCAGUCAUCCUUCCCACCGUUACCAGCCUCCUUGCCCUAUACUGGUCUCAGAAGAGGUGGAGCAAUCACCCCCUGGCGAGGACGCUGUCUCAUCACGCUCUGCCUCAGUCAGACUGGAGGGUGGUGGCUUCCUCCAUCAACACCGAGUUUCGGAGAAUUGAUAAGUUUGCAACUGGGGUGCCUGGGGCCCGGGUUAUCGUCACUGACACAUGGGUGAUGAAGGUGACCACCUACAAGCUGUACGUGGCACAGCAGCAGGACAUUCAUCUGACGGUGACAGAGUCCAGACAACACGAACCCUCUCCAGACUCCAACACACCCUUGCAGUUUAUCACCAUACGGGUGGCAAGCAUUAACCCCAGCGUUAAGCCUUUCGAUAUCAGAUUGAACUCAACAGAAUAUGGAGAGCUGAGGGAGAAACUCCACGCCCCCAUCCGAAAUGCAGCCAACGUGGUCAUACAUCAGACCCUAAGCGACAUGUUCUUGGAUACGUUCCGCUCUCUGGUGGAAGUCAAUAAUGUCUACCAGCUGCCGAGCAAUCAGGAACUGGAGCCCUGUAUCGGCUGCAUGCAGACCAACGCCAACAUCAAGCUGGUGAAGUAUUGCCAGGAGCCCAACGAAGGAGAGUGUCAGCAAUGCUACUGCCGGCCCAUGUGGUGUCUAACCUGCAUGGGCAAGUGGUUCGCAAGCCGUCAGGACCAGCAGCAUCCAGAGACCUGGUUGUCCAGCCAAGUGCCUUGCCCCACCUGCCGAGCCCGAUUCUGCAUAGUGGACGUGUGCAUUAUACGGUGACCGCACUUUAGGAUGUUUGUACGAUUUUCUACCCUGAGAUUUUUCUAUGAUAACAGGGGGAGACCUGACCGGCCACAUAGGUUGCCUUCUAUCAGUCUGGUUUGCGGUUAUAUUGAAGGAGCCUAAUGCAGCGAUUCAGUAGGAACAUUUGCGCCGUGGUCGCCGUACACUUGGAUUGGGUGUGAUGUCCGGGAUUACAAGAAGGUUAUACUGCGGUCCUCGUCUUUUUUGAGGCUGUUUAUUUUCUUCCGUUUUUGACACGACUAUUGUGUCUUACAAAAUUUGCUCUUUGUAUGAAAAGUGCCACCGACGAUUGAAUCAAGUUUUUUGGGGUAUGGGGCAGAGAUUGCAGCGCCGCCUAUAUGGACAGUGGCCACACCGCCUUGAAGUUAAUGCCUCCGUUCCAGAAAACGGAGCCACUGUUGGCCACCGCAUCUGACCAGGGCUUCAGCCGCCAUAACCUGAUGUGUGGUCAGUUUACAGGUAAUAUGGCUCCCCCUGCAGGUGUUUUCACUAAUUACAAUGAUCACUGCGCCUCACAAGAUCCAUCCUCACCGUGUGUUAGGUUUUGUGCAGAUAUCCCGCAGUGUGGGUGAGAUUUUAUUUUUUUUUUUUAAUGUUGCCCACUUCGCUGCUGCUGUAAACAUCGUGGAUUUUCCGCACGCAGUUCCGCUGCAGAAAACGGUACGUAGGGUGUACCCUUAAACCACAGUACGUCAGUUUAUGUCCGUGUAUUGCAAAAAGGGUUACAUUUCCACAAAAUUCUGCAUAUAAAUCAUGCAGAAUUCUUCCGAUGCAGAUUACUUCCAGGGUGGACAUACUGUAAGGCCCCUUUCACACGGGUGAGAAUUCCGUGCGGGUGCAAUGCGUGAGGUGAACGCAUUGCACCCGCACUGAAUCCGGAUCCAUUCACUUCAAUGGGGCUGUUCAGAUGAGCGGUGA